AUGCGACCCCCGCGUCGCUCUUGCCGACACAAGAUAACGAAGCUCUUUGGGGAGCGCAGCCGGCACAGGGAGGCGACUUAUGUGUGUGUGUUUGUUUUUAAGUUUGAUGGGGUAAUCAGUGGAAAUCUUCUGAAAGGGGACUCCAGUGAUUCAGAAGAUGAAGCGCAAGACAAUCUUCCUCUAUCUAAGAAACCAGCCUGGGUGGACGAUGACGAUGAAAUUAAAGAAAAGAUUGAUAUGACCCAUCGGUAUCGGAAAGACAUGAUGAAGAGUGAUGCAGAGAAGAGUCUUACCAAAGAAAAACUUCAAAUAAGACUUCAGGAACAGUUUCAGAGAGCUAUGGGAGGAGUGCCUUCAUGGGCCCAGAGAGGAAAGAAGAAAACCAAGAAAGAUGACAGUGAGGAUGAAGAUGAUGAUGAUCUUCUAUGCAAGACUGGCAACUUUGUGUCUAUUUCAGAGUCUUUACCAAAAGGUAUUUUGCAGAUGAAAAACUGUUUGAAUGCCAAUAAUGAACGUCCUUCUGAUGCCAAACUGACCACAGUGCAGUUUCAUCCUUCAGCACAAGUUAUCAUGACUGCUGGACUAGAUCAGUCUGUGUCACUGUUCCAGGUGGAUGGUAAAACUAAUCCAAAGAUACAGAGCAUCCAUUUGGAAAACUUUCCUGUGCGUAAGGCUUGUUUCAGUGCUGAUGGAGAGCGGGUCAUAGCCACAAGUAUACGCAAUAAAAUGUUUUAUGUGUAUGACAUGAUGGGUGGGAAUAUUAUUCCAGUAAACCAAAUAAGAGGUAUGCAGGAAAAAUUUGUCAAAGACUUUGAGGUAUCUCCAGAUGGGUCAUUCCUUCUUUUUACUGGGACCUCAGGUUAUAUUCACUUGCUGUCAAUGAAGACAAUGGAACUGAUUGGCAGUAUGAAGAUAAAUGGAAGAGCUGUUGCAUCAAACUUCACUCCUGAUGGCAGCAAAAUUUAUACAAAUUCUGGUGAAGGUGAAGUUUUCAUUUGGGAUGUAAAAAGCAGGCGAUGUAUAAAUAAGUUCACUGAUGAAGGCUGUUUGCAUGGAAGAUGUCUUGCUCUAUCAAAAAAUGGCCAAUAUGUGGCAUGUGGCUCCAGUUCUGGUGUUGUGAAUGUGUAUACCAGUGACACUUGCCUCCAAGAAACCAAUCCUAAACCAGUCAAAGCUAUAAUGAACUUAGUUACAGCUGCUACCUCUCUGGCAUUCAACUCCACCACAGAAAUUUUGGCAGUGGCCUCCAAUAAAGCAGAUGAGGCUGUCAAACUGGUACACAUUCCUUCAUUUACUGUAUUCUCAAACUUCCCACUGUUCAGAAGAAAAGUUAUUUACCUUACUCAGUCUAUGGAUUUCUCUCCCAGAAGUGGCUUUUUCUGUAUUGGAAAUAACAAAGGCAAAGCUUUGUUGUAUAGGCUGAAACAUUACUCAGAUUUCUGAGGCAGGAUGCACCAUGAUGAAAGCUGCUUGGUGGCUCAAAGAUGCUGUCAUCUGAAGUUUCAAAGUAUGCUGACAAAUUCCUGCAGAUUUUUUUUCCAAUACUUUCUUUAGCGAUUGGGGGUGGGGGGAGGGUUAUUGGAAGUUCAUAAGUACCAGUGCUUUUGUGACUAUUGUGUAAUUUUAAUAAAAACAUCUUGGCUUGUCCAGAAAACAGA